AUGGCCCCCAGGGGGUGUGCGGGGCCCCCGCCUCCGCCGACUCCGCCGGCCUGGGUUUGGCCCGGAAAGAUGCUAGCCAUGGGGGCGCUGGCAGCCUUCUGGGUCCUCAGCCUCCUCACCUACGGUUACCUGUCCUGGGGCCAGGGCUUGGAGGAGGAGGAGGAAGGGGCCUUGAGAGCUCAGUCUGGAGAGAGGCCAGAGCCCAGCACAUCUGCCACCUCCCAACCCCAUCUCAUUUUCAUCCUAGCGGAUGAUCAGGGAUUUAGAGAUGUGGGUUACCACGGCUCGGAGAUAAAGACUCCCACUCUUGACAAGCUUGCUGCCGAAGGAGUUAAACUGGAGAACUACUAUGUCCAGCCUAUUUGCACACCGUCCAGGAGUCAGUUUAUUACUGGAAAGUAUCAGAUACACACCGGACUUCAACAUUCUAUCAUAAGACCUACCCAACCCAACUGCUUACCUCUGGACAAUGCAACCCUACCUCAGAAGCUGAAGGAGGUUGGAUAUUCGACACAUAUGGUUGGAAAAUGGCACUUGGGUUUUUACAGAAAAGAAUGUAUGCCCACCAAGAGAGGAUUUGAUACCUUUUUUGGUUCCCUCUUGGGAAGUGGUGAUUACUAUACACACUACAAAUGUGACAGUCCUGGGAUGUGUGGCUAUGACUUAUAUGAAAAUGACAAUGCUGCCUGGGACUAUGACAAUGGCCUAUACUCCACACAGAUGUACACUCAAAGAGUUCAGCAAAUCUUAGCUUCCCAUGAUCCCAGAAAGCCUAUAUUUUUAUAUAUUGCCUACCAAGCUGUUCACUCACCACUGCAAGCUCCUGGCAGGUAUUUUGAACAUUACAGAUCCAUUAUCAACAUAAAUAGGCGGAGGUACGCUGCCAUGCUUUCCUGCUUAGAUGAAGCAAUCAACAAUGUGACCCUGGCUCUGAAGACAUACGGUUUCUAUAACAACAGCAUUAUCAUCUACUCUUCAGAUAAUGGCGGCCAACCCACAGCAGGAGGAAGUAACUGGCCUCUCAGAGGUAGCAAAGGAACAUACUGGGAAGGGGGCAUUCGAGCUGUUGGCUUUGUGCAUAGUCCACUUCUGAAAAACAAGGGAACAGUGUGUAAGGAGCUUGUGCACAUCACUGACUGGUACCCCACUCUUAUUUCACUGGCUGAAGGACAGAUUGAUGAGGACACUCAACUGGAUGGCUAUGAUGUCUGGGAAACCAUAAGCGAAGGCCUUCGUUCACCCCGGGUGGAUAUUUUGCACAACAUCGACCCCAUUUAUACCAAGGCAAAAAAUGGCUCCUGGGCAGCAGGCUAUGGGAUCUGGAACACUGCAAUCCAGUCAGCCAUCAGGGUGCAGCACUGGAAACUGCUUACAGGAAACCCUGGCUACAGUGACUGGGUUCCCCCUCAGUCUUUCAGCAACCUGGGGCCAAACCGGUGGCACAAUGAACGAAUUACAUUGUCAACUGGCAAAAGCAUAUGGCUUUUCAACAUCACGGCUGACCCAUAUGAGAGGGUGGACCUAUCUACUAGGUAUCCUGGAAUCGUGAAACAGCUCCUACGGAGGCUCUCACAGUUCAAUAAAACCGCAGUGCCUGUCAGGUACCCUCCCAAAGACCCUAGGAGUAAUCCUCGGCUCAACGGAGGAGUCUGGGGACCAUGGUAUAAAGAGGAAAACAAGAAAAAGAAGCCGAGCAAAAAUAAGGCUGAGAAAAAGCAGAAGAAAAGUAAGAAAAAGAAGAAACAGCCGAAAGCAGGUUCAUUUCCAAAUUGCCAUUCAGGCGUUUGCCAUUAUCUUAGAUAAGUACAAAUUUUUUUCCUGUCUGGUUAAACUUAAGUCGGUCUUAGUCUUUUAGCUGUUUUCUAGAGAGACCAGCAAAUUUGGCUCAAUGAUUUUACUGCCGGAAGUAGCAGCCCUGUUUUCAUGUUGUGCCACUCCAGAGACUGCUGCCACCUGGUCGUCAUGUGGAAGACGGUUCUGUUUUGUGCCAAAGGUGCUACCCUUGCAAGCCACACUUAGAGGAGAAUGGAGAUGCUGAUUUCUUUUGCUCCUUUACAAAAAUGGUCCUUAAUCAGUGCAACUGUUGUGCUUUCGUCAACUGACCAGACACUAUGCUUUAAAACUGCGAUCAACGGACCUGCUAAUUUGAUGGAAGUUACAGGAUAGCAUGAUUAAAAACUACCUUUGAUAAAGUACAGUCAAAGGUUGCAUCACCUGAAAGGCCUUGAAAGAUACGUUUUCUUCGUGAAUUAUUGUAUCUCUGUCUUAUGAUACUUGGUUUUUGAAGUUAAUUCCAUUUCAUGUAUCAUUUCCUUUCCUGUGAAAAUAAGCUGUUGCUCCCAUGUAAACAGCUUGAACCUCAUUCUGUCAUGCAUGAGGGAAUGGCAUAUAAGAAUGUUUGAGCACACUGCCAAAACGUGAAUGUAACUAUUUUCUAAACACUUUAAUAGAAUGACGUUUCAACGUAAAGUAUGUAAUUUAUUUUUACAGAAAAAAAUAUUAAUUAUUUUGUUUUCACAAAAAAGUUCUACAAAUAACUUUUAAUUAUUUUAUUUUUAUUUUCUAAAUACUGUUAGAAGAAUUUUAUUUCAUAUCUUCAAUAUUACCAAGCACUGUAGUACUAUAAAUUACUGUAAUACUGGGUGAAUUCAUAAAAGAUAAAAAGAAAAUUAUUCAGCAAGAAUGAUAAUCCUCAUUGUUCAGCCAUUAUUUGAAUGUAAAAAGAUGAAUAUAUUCCUUACAAAUUACUUGGAAUUCAGUGUUGUACAGGGUUGAAAGACAACUUUAUUAUCUAUCAUAAUAAACACCUUAUUUAUGUGUCUUUAUUAUUAAAAUGACUUAUUUUAUGGCACUAGAAACUUUAUUGUGGCUUUUUCUGAUCUAAUUUCUAGAUGAAAUUAUAUUCUUCAUCUUAACAACAAACAUCUUUACAAAUAGGCAAUUGCAGGUAUGAUUUGCUAACUACCAUAGUAAAUAAUAUGGAUUUUUUCAAAUAGGAGAUGUUUCCACUUGGCUAUUUCAUAGACAAAAAUGUCCUUUUGUUAAUAAAUAACAUUUAUAAUGAUCCUACUCUUAUAUAAAGUGGACACACUGGGGAGACAGAGAGAAAUGAAGAUAUGGAUCCUACCUGGAAUAAUUAAAAAUCUGGUUUGGAACUCACAUGUGUGAAUACCAUGAGGAGGAUUAAAGGAGCAUGAUCUUGGGACACCUGGGUGGCUCAGUUGGUGGUUAAGCCUUCGACUCACCUCAGGUCAUGAUCUCACAGCUUGUGAGUUCUAGCCUUUACCUAGCCCUGUACUGAGCCCCAUACUGGGCUCUGUGCUGAGCAUGCAGAGCCUGCUGAGAUUCACUGUCUCUCCCUCUCUCUCUGCCCCUCCCGUGCUCCUGCUCUCCCUCUCUCUCUCUCUCUCAAAAAUAAGUAAAUAAACUUAAAGAAAAAAAAAAAAGGAGGGCAUGGUUUGUAAUAAAAUUUAUCAUGGGUCAUCAAUGGGCCUAGAUUGAUGUGGCUCCUCUGUCUGCCCUAGAGUUUUCUUUAAAGUGACUUCCCCUAAUACAAGGGCCUCUAAGCCUCAUAGUCAACACUUCAAAAAUCACAGAAAGAAGUUACAACUGUGAUAACAAAAUGUAUGCGGUGGUAUGGCAGCAUACCAUUAAAUACAUUUGCAUCAGAAUUCAAGGGACUGCCUUUCACAAUUUAUGGAAAUCAAUAAAAGAACAUUUAGACUGUUACUGAAAUUACUAACCAAAAUGAUAAAAAAUAAUUUUAGUAUUUUACUUCUAGAGUAUAUGUUUUAUGUAGGAUAAAGAACUAUUUCCUGAGCUUGUGUUUUAUAGACUAUAUAUUAAAUGAGUCUUAGAAAUCAAAGGCAUAUUGUCAGUGUUUUCCUUUCUUAGUGGUACAUCAAAUAAUGAUGUGAUUUACAAAAGUUGAUGUCUUAUAACUCAAAAAAUAGAGUUAUCAUUAGAAAAUAGUUUUGAGGGUAAGUUCAGGAAAUGCUGAGUUAAACAAAGUUAAAAAGGUCUCUUUAAUGCUGCCUUUCUUAAGAGUUCUUAAAAUCCUGAUUUGCCUCAUAAAUCUCUAACAGAUGGAAGUUUUUAUUCAUGAUUUUCUAAUUUAUUUCACCAUAAAACUCUUGUCAAUAGCACAUUGCACAGCACUAGGCAAAGUGUGGAACAGACUUUGAAAAUUAUGAGUGUAAACAUAGAAUCUUCUAGAAAAAGGAGGCAAUUAAGAUUAUGAAAAUUAACUCACAUGAUGCCACUAAGGAUUACAUAAUAUGAUGUGAUUUUAAGUUCUCUAUUAAUGACCAUAACUUUCUCAAUGAAAAUAAAUUAGCCCACAGUCUUCUAUCUAGAAAUGGCUUCACAAAUGUUGCUAUUGUUCGCUGCACCUGGUGCUUAGGUAGACUGAUUUAAGAGAAGUCUGUCUUGCCCUUAAGGAGCUAAAGUCUAAUAGUCAUCUAUAAAUAAUGAACAAAAAUCUUUCCAAAAUGCUGUCAGCAAAUCACUAGGUAUUUCAAGAUGUCCAGGAAGGAAAAUACUGUACACUUGACUUUCAUGUCCUAAUCAUUCAAACUCUGUUAAUACUGGGUAUUUAGUCUCAGGUGUCAAUCUCCUAAACUGCGAUUCUCAGGUUGAAUUUCUAGGGCCAUCUGUGGCUCUUCCAAGUGUAAAUUGCAACUCUUUAAAGCCUCUGAUCCUGGGGCCCCUGGGUGGCUCAGUCUGUGAAGCAUCCAACUUAGGCUCUGGUCAUGAUUUCAUGGUUUGUGAGUUUGAGCCCCUCCUCAGGCUCUGUGCUGACAGCUCAGAGCCUGGAGCCUGCUUCAGAUUCUGUGUCUCCCCGUCUCUCUGCCCCUUCCCCAUUCAUGCUCUGUCUCUCUCUCAAAAUAAAUAAACAUUAAAAACAAAUUAAAAAAACCUCUGAUCCUUUCAUUAGGAGAACAAAAGAAAGUCCUGUUUCCCACUAGCUUUGUCAGAAAAUACUUUGUGGCUAUGGCUAUGUGCCUUGGAUGAGAAAGGAUAUAAACAUUUUAUUGGAAUAACAAAGCAACAAAUAACAAAGCAACAAAACCUUGUGGUACCUUUCCAGUGAAAACUUCCACCCCACAUCUGUCCAGUCUACUAAAGGAGAUGUUUCAUGUAUAUUUACAUACUCUUACCUCACUUUUCAAAAAAUUGAGCGACUGUUACAGUUUCUUGAAAAUCUUUUUGAAG